CCCUGCAGGUAAACAUGAGCAUUGCAAUACUCCCAAUGGCAUCAGAGUUCCACUGGAGUCCAACAACUGUCGGUUUAAUUCAGUCUUCUUUUUUCUGGGGUUACCUUCUCACUCAGGUUGCAGGAGGUAUAUGGGCAGACACUGUUGGUGGCAAGUCUGUUUUAGGAUUUGGUGUAGUUUGGUGGUCAAUAGCAACAGCUCUUACACCAAUUGCAGCAAAACUUGGUCUGCCUUUUUUACUUGUGGUCCGUGCUUUCAUGGGUAUUGGAGAGGGUGUUGCAAUGCCUGCUAUGAAUAAUAUAUUGUCAAAAUGGGUUCCUGUAUCAGAGAGAAGUAGAUCACUAGCAUUGGUUUACAGUGGGAUGUAUCUCGGAUCUGUAACUGGUUUGGCAUUUUCACCAAUGUUGAUUCACAAGUUCGGCUGGCCAUCUGUCUUCUAUUCAUUUGGUUCUCUGGGCACAGUUUGGUUUUCUCUGUGGCUUAACAAGGCACAUAGUUCACCUCGUGAGGAUCCUGAACUGCUGCCUCAAGAAAAGAAACUCAUUCUUUGCAACUGCACAUCAAAAGAACCUGUUAAAUCAAUACCAUGGAGAUUGAUAUUAUCAAAAUCACCUGUAUGGGCCCUGAUAGUGUCUCAUUUCUGCCACAAUUGGGGAACAUUUAUCCUUCUUACUUGGAUGCCAACGUAUUAUCACCAGGUGUUGAAGUUUAAUCUUACUGAAUCGGGACUUUUAUCUGUCUUUCCAUGGCUUACGAUGGCCUUUUCUGCCAAUUUGGGUGGUUGGAUUGCAGAUACUCUUGUGAGCAGAGGCGUAUCUGUGACCAUGGUUAGAAAGAUCAUGCAGACAAUUGGAUUUCUCGGCCCUGCUUUCUUCUUGACUCAGCUGAAGCAUAUUGAUUCCCCUGCAAUGGCGGUUUUGUGUAUGGCGUGCAGCCAGGGAGCUGAUGCUUUUUCACAGUCAGGGUUGUAUUCAAACCAUCAAGAUAUUGCUCCGCGAUAUUCAGGUGUACUACUUGGUCUUUCUAAUACUGCUGGGGUGUUGGCUGGUGUUUUUGGUACCGCUGCAACUGGUUAUAUCUUGCAACAUGGAUCUUGGGAUGAUGUCUUCGAGGUUUCUGUGGGGCUCUAUUUAGUUGGCACUGUGGUGUGGAAUCUUUUCUCGACUGGGGAGAAAAUAUUGGAUUGAGAUUGGCUAUAUGAUCACUUCGUGGAACAGGAGCAAGAGCCCCAAACACAGCUUCUUCUAUUGAACAGAGGCAGCAUGGCAAUGCUUGCUCAAUGGAGCUGAGGGUGUUUUGCCUUCACGGCAAUUCUCCAUGAGACUACAGGGCGAACUCAUAGGAACGACAACACACACCAAGCAGGAUUGACGCAGGUACACAGCUUUGAUGUAUAUAAUGUACGCAUUGACUGAUUAUUGUGAUAUAUUAUUGAUGUGCUGAUUUUUAGUACUGGUACAUCAUUCUGAUGGUAUGAUUCCACAGCUUUAGCUGCCAAUCUGGUUAAUUUCCCAACUUCA